AGGAGACCGAGCGUGAUGAUGAUGAUGGUGUCUGAUUCCCCGGGAAGCGGUGGCAGUAGGAAGAUGUCCUUGUCCCUUCUGGAAGCAGCACGCUCUCGGUAUGAGAGUCUGCAGAUUUCCGAUGACCUUUUUGGGGAGUCCGGAGAUGACAGCAGUAGUAACCCCUUUUACAGUACCUCUCCUGACUCGCGCUCCUCAGCCACAGGCAGCUCCUCGGAAGAUGAGGAUCGAGGUGGUGGGGAAGAGCCCCCCAAUUUGGGGCAAGGAGACGUCCAAUCGAAAGGCCACGGUGAGCCAGGAGAGGUGCACGAUCACACCGGCAUUGCACCCAGGCCAGGAGCUGACUUAAAAGUGGGGAGACACGGUGCAUCACAAGGCAGGAACAGGAGUAAGAGGAGGGGGAGAGCUGAAGACAUGACAACCCCAGCCGGAACAACCACAGAUGACCCUGGCAAUGAAGGGGAAAUCGGAAUUCAGUGUGAGAUGCAUAGUAAAGAUGUACAUGGAGGCCCUGGAGAUAAACUGAAGGAGGAAGGAUGGUCACACACCCUUCAAGAUGUGCCCACCCCCACCUUCAAGGAGACCAGCGGACCCACUCGUAAAAUGCCACCUACUGCCAGCGCAAUGGAUUUUUUCCAGCUGUUUGUCCCUGAUAAUGUAAUAAAGAAUAUGGUUACACAAACCAACAUGUAUGCCAAGAAGUAUCAGGAGAGAUUUGGGAGUGACGAUGUAUGGCUGGAUGUCACUCUGGCCGAAAUGAAAUCCUUUUUGGGCUACAUGAUAUCAACUAGCACGCAACAUUGUGAGUCUGUGCUUAGCAUAUGGAGUGGUGGGUUUUAUAGUAAUAAGAGUAUCUCUCUUAUCAUGACUCAGUCAAGAUUUGAGAAAAUUCUGAAGUACUUCCACAUUGUGGCCUUCCGCUCCAGCCAGACAACUCAUGGGCUCUAUAAGAUUCAACCCUUUCUUGACUAUCUACAGAAUGGCUUUGACUCAUCUUUCAGGCCUUCCCAAACCCAGGUGCUACAUGAGCCUUUAAUUGAUGAAGAUCCAGUUUUCAUUGCUACCUGCACAGAAAGAGAAUUGCGCAAAAGAAAAAAGAGGAAAUUUAGCCUGUGGGUUAGACAGUGCUCUUCUACAGGAUUCAUAUGCCAGAUAUACGUCCAUUUAAAAGAAGGAAGUGGCACGGAUGGCCUCGACACCUUAAAGAAUAAACCACAACUACAUAGUAUGGUAGCCAAAAACCUGUGUCAAAAUGCCGCUGGAAAAAACUACGUCAUAUUUACAGGUCCGAGCAUCACAAGCCUGAAUCUUUUUGAAGAAUUUGAGAAGCAGGAUAUAUAUUGUUGUGGAUUGUUGAGCUCCCGUAAAAGUGACUGCACUGGGCUUCCUCUCUCAAUGCUGAACAGUACAGAAGUGCCAAAAUCCCGCGGGGAGUAUGAAAUCAGGAUGAAGGGGAAUAUGUCUCUGAUAUGCUGGUACAACAGAGGACAUUUUCGAUUUCUCACUAAUGCAUACUCACCAGUUCAGCAAGGUGUCAUCAUUAAAAGAAAAAGUGGAGAAAUUCCUUGUCCUUUGGCGGUUGAAGCGUUUGCUGCUCAUCUCAGUUACAUUUGUAAAUAUGAUGAUAAGUAUAGCAAGUACUUCAUUUCACACAAACCAAACAAAACCUGGCAGCAAGUAUUCUGGUUUGCCAUCAGCAUUGCCAUAAACAAUGCCUACAUCCUCUACAAAAUGUCUGAGGCCUACCACGUGAAAAGAUAUAGCCGGGCUCAAUUUGGAGACAGACUUGUACGAGAGCUACUGGGACUGGAAGAAACGUCACCUUGCCAUUGAUACCAAGCUUGUCUUCAGUCUCAUGAUGAUUGCCCGGGAAGCAAAACAUGAGGCCGAAAACUCUGGAUUAUCAUUCAGGGAUCUUGAUCUCAAUUACACCAACCUACUAAAAAUCAUGAUUUAAUACCCAUUAAGUCAAGAGGGUUUGCUGCAUCUGUGUUGUAAUUCUGAGAAACAAAA